CCACAGAUCUGAACGACAGUCGUUUUGGGGAUUUCUGGAGACUGAGCUUCAACCUAAAAUCCUGGGCAGCAUAGAGGAUAAUGGGCUGGAUUUUUCAAAAUGUCGUGGGCAGGGGUAUGAUGGAGCUGCUAACAUGUGCUGGGUCUAUUCGGGUGUGCAGGCCAGAAUAUCUGAAAAAUAACCGCUUGCUGUUUAUAUGCAUUGUGCAGCGCACAAUCUUAACCGGGCUCUCAACGACUCUGUCAAAAAUGUGCCAGAGAUUAAACAGUUUUAUAAUACUGUUAAACACCUUCUUCGGGCAUAGCAUAGAGAGAUGGUCAAUGUUGAGUGGUAUAUUUUGAUUUUGCAUCAGAAAAAGAAAAUGUAACUCUAAAAGGACUGUGUCCCCCCCGCUGGUCAUCUAGAUAGGAGUCCCUUGCCGCCCUGAGAUACAGAUAUGUGGACGUAAUGAAGGACCUCACCAACAUUGUGCUUUUAAGUGACAAGAAGGACGAGAUGGAUGAUGCAGCAGCACGGAAAAAGAAAAUAUAAUAAAACAUUAAAAAAUUAAAUCGUUCUGCAGACUUAGGUUUUAGAAAAUGGGAACGUCGUCUCCAAAAUGCUCCGUAUUCCAACAGGAUUUUGAGAAGGCCAAAGUCACUGCCGACAAAAUGGGCAGGCACAGAACGCAUUUGAAGACACUUCCGGAGAAGGAAGGCGAGGCGUCAUUUUGAUGAGCUAUGCGAGGACGAGCGACUGUCUGCUGGGGAGAGUAGUUUUAGAGUUAACGUCUUUAAUGCCAACCUUGACAUCGUUAUUCACCAGCUGUCAAACAGAUUUAAAAGUCUACCCUGGCCAACGCAGAUGAUGAUGCGCUCUGCGAGACCGCUAAGCGGCUGGCUGAACAUUACAGCAAAGAUAUAUCAGCUAGCUUCCCUGGCCAAUUACUCUCUUUCAGGGCCUGUUUUAAGAAGGACAUAGCAAAGCACAUUACAAUGGGAGACAUGGCCAAGAUGCUCAUUGUGGAUUACAAUUCAGUCACUGCUACAUUUGGGGAAGUAGUUACAUACAUGCUAAUUUUUAUGACGGCCUAUAACUGUAGCCAGUGCUGAGCGCUGGACUAGUAACCGAAAGGUUGCAAGUUCAAAUCCCCCAGCUGACAAGGUACAAAUCUGUCGUUCUGCCCCUGAACAGGCAGUUAACCCACUGUUCCUAGGCUGUCAUUGAAAAUAAGAAUUUGUUCUUAACUGACUUGCCUAGUUAAAUAAAGGUAAAAUAAAAAAUACCUGAGGAGCAGCAUGGGGCAGGAGAGACAACACACUGUUGGCCAUUCUGUCCAUUAAAAACACCAGGGCCAGGACCAUGGAUUUGAAUGCCAUAGUCAACGACUUCGCAGAGUCCGUUGAAUGCCAAUCAAAUGAAAGGUUCACAUGGAAAUCGCCCAGUUUGAGAAGAACAGGAAGAAGUUGUCACCUGCUGGCGGCUUUGGCACCUCUUCUUUGAGUGCCCAGCAGAUGUCCGCUUUCCACAGUGAGGCCCCCAGAAGCCAUGGCUCCCAGUUGCAGAGGCCUGAGGAGCUGGCUCAGGCCAACAGCGAGUACAUCCAGAAAAUCCGCCAGAGGCUGGAGGAGGAUGCAACAGCUCGUCAGCAGAGGGAGAAACGCCGCCGUCGCGUCCUAGUGGAACAACUGAAAGCCCACGAGGCCCAAGAGGAGGCCCUUCGAGAGGAGCAGCUGGUGGAGCGUCUGACCCGUCAGUCCCAGCUGGAGAGACGCCUGGCCGUCCAGCUCAUGCAGCUCCGCCAGCAGAAGGACAUUCUCCGACAGAACCGAGUGUUCCGCGAGAGACAGUACCAAGAGCAACGGCUGAGGGAUUUCCAAGAGGCCUUGGAGAGGGAGGCGGCUCUAGCACGCCAGGCCAGUUUGGAUCAUGCCGAGGAAACUCGGAAGGAGAUUGAGGUACAUGACAGGAUAGCGACGGAGCGCGCCCAGGCUCGCUACAGGAAGCACUCUGACAGCUGCCGAGAAAUACUGGAGCAGAUAGUGGACCUGGCCACGAAAGCUGGAGAGUACCGCCUCCUCACUGGAAAUCUUAUCCCUGGGAAGUUGAUGCGGGAAUGGAAGGAGCUCAUGUUUUGCGGGAAGCCCCUGUAUGACAGUGGCAGUCUGGAGGAGCUACCUGCCGACCCCACCCCAGAGCAGUUCAUUGAGGUUGAGAAACAGGAGAUCCUUAACAACCAGGACUAUGAUGAGUAUAUGAGCAUGACUGGUGAGUGGACCUGGCCAGAGGAGGGGGAGACAAAGCCCCCCCCAUCCAACAACAAUAUCCUGGGACAUGUGGUGCUCCGCCUGCAGACUAUUGUGAACCCCCCAAAACCAGACACCCUUCCUCCCUUCUUUCCUCGGUUCACACUGAAAGCCUGUGUGCUAGGGAAGCUUUUCUCCGGGAAGACCACAUGCUUAACCAGGAUUGCCAAAGUCCAUCACAUCCACAUCCUGUCAGCUAAUGUUCUGAUCCAGGAGGCUCUGGCUGCACAUCAGCUUGGAAAGCUUGGGCGUGAGAGCCCAGAGAGCUGUGAAACAUUGGCCACUAAAGACAUCGACCAGGUGGAGAUGGAUACUGAGAUGGAGGAGGAGUCGUCACAGGGUUCAGGCCCACUCGCUCAGGAGCCUCAGCAGCAAGGAGCCAAGACAAAACCCAAGGCAAGUACACUCUCUGUGAGGGCCCAGCAUGGAGCAGCAGUGGAAAAGUUUCUCAGAAAAGGGAGAUCCGUCCCAGACGAGCUCCUUGUGGACAUUGCAGUCGAAGCUAUCAGGGCAAUCCCAGCAGACUCCGGCUGGAUUCUGGACGGCUUCCCGGUCGAUCUGACCCAGGCCAAGCUUCUGGAGAAGGCCCUGGGGGGCUCGGACACUGGGAAGGAGAGGAAGAGAAGGAACAAGCGGUCCAACUUGUCUGUGGAUAGCAACGCGCCUAAGGAGCCCCCUCCUCCCUCUCCUGUGCUGGACCUAGCUCUGCUGCUUGACGUGUCUGAUGACCACGUUUUGGACAGGGCGGCCAAGCAGGCCUAUGAGGAGGAGAGCUCUGACCUGGCCGGGGCUGGUGAGGAGAGCUGUGCCCCUGCUAGAGAGCACAAUGUUGUCAUCGCCAGGGACAAGAGCCUGGAGAAGAGACAGAUCCAGCACAGGAUCACAGCCUUCCAGGAUACCUGGCCCAAGCUGGAGAAGUGGUUCUCUGGUAAACAGAGCAUUCUGAUGAGACUGAAUGCUGAGAUGUCGGAGGACAUGCUCUUUAGAAAAGUGGAAUCCAUCCUGUACCAGGCCAUGAUGCAGUCGGAAAAAGGUGAGGGAGUUGUUUUGGACAGUGGGAAGGCACCAGCGGUCUCAACUGCUCUCGUCCAGGUAACUCCGGUUGCGGUCCCAGCUCCCACUGAGUCCACCUCCACCCUCACCCAGGAGGGCCUGACUCCACCUGUGAAAUGCUCCAGCUCCAAGUCCAACUCUCGCUCCCCCAAAGGUUCACAGAGCAACAUUGAGAAGAACACAUCCGAAGGGAAAGAUGUCCAUCUUAAGCUGUCCAAGUCAGGAUCAGGAGGAGCCGUGGGGCAUUCUAGAAAGUUGUCCAUAGCCUCAUCCUUGGAGAAUUCUCAUGGUGUGAACACCAGCCCUACAGAGCCCCUAGCUCCCACCCCUGGUACUACACACUGGGUGUAUGUGGACGAGCCCCUUCCCAAGGAGAUACCAGAGUACCUGGUUCCAUACUGGGAGAAUGUGUGUAACUCCUAUGUGACUAACGUCAAGGCUGUGAUGCAGAACCUCCGCACAGAACGCAUCUUGAUCAUUCACCAUCUGUUUAACAUCAGAGAGGAGUUUAAGCAGUACCUCCGACGGCCCGACCUGAAGCAAGAGUUUGUGUCCCAGUGGCAGCAGAACUAUAACAGCAUCCCCAAGGACAUGAGAGAUGACGAGGAGACCAAGGCAGAGCUUCACCAGCGUCUGGAUGACCUGCGCGAGCGUCUGUGGGACAUCUGUGAUAAGCGUAAGGAAGAAGCGGGGCAGGAGCGGGCGGCGAUCAUGUGCGACGGCUGGCUAGAAGACCACACGGCGGUGCUCAUCAACCAUUUCUCCACACUAAUGCAGGUGGAAGUGGACCGAUUCCAGGACUCUCUACGUCUCCUGCGGGAUUACUACACAGGCAUGUACAAACAGGUGCUGUCUGAGGCGGGGCCAGAAUUCACCUGUAUUCCACUGCUAGACAUCGUGGCGCUGGAGGAGCCAGGAAACCAGACUGACAAAUCCAAGAGUUCUGAAAGAGUCACCAAGAGUGCUGGUAAAAGAGACUGUGAAGGAGACGAGAAGAAGAAAACCAAAGUUGUUCCACUGAUUCCCCGCAGACCUCCCUCUACCGAAGUGGCCUCUAUGAAACAGAAGGGCUUCCAGGACCCCGACGAGAAGCUGCUGCAUGACAUCUAUCAGACUGCUCUGACAGCCAUCAACAACAUGGUGUCAGUGGAGGCGGCUCAACGCGAGGCAGAGGAGAAUGAGGAGGCUCAGCAGCAGAUGGAUAGAGAACGGCUACAGAGAAUGUCCCAAGCCUCCGCCUCCACUGCAGCCGCCGCAGCCAACUCUGGCAAGGACAAGAAGAAAGCUGGCACCAAGAAGAAAGGCCCCCCCUCUCCUGCUCAGGAGCCCAGCCCACCCCCUGCCCCAGAGGAAGAUUCAGAGGAGGUCUGCAAGAGGGCCAUACGGAACAAAAUCAGACAGGAGUAUGCUGCAGCUCUCGACCAUGAAGACAGUGCAGUGAAGGUACGCGUGGAGCUGGUCAAGGCCUGUGCUCUGUGCAUGGUGAGGGUCCUGCACAGACAGGCAGAGCAGGCCUUCAGGACCAUGGAGGAGUGGCUGGGAGCCCGCUUCCUGUCUGAGAUGAACAGCAUUGACCAGCUGGCUGAGGUGGUGCGUCACCACAUCGAGUCGGCCGCCAAGCUCCAGAGUGAGCUGAUGCUGGUAUGCACAGACUUCUUCCUGAACGGGGACAUGCGGGUUGUUGUCAGCCCCCCUAACCCUCCCCGCCCCGCCCCUUUGGAGCUUCCCACAGACAGCACUCUCACCAUCCUUCAGUUGGAGGCCUUCUACCGCCAGCUACGCAAGGUGGCGCCCACAGGUGUGCAGUGCAGUACUGACUUCUGGGAGAUCCUGCAGGAGAUCACCUCUCUGAACAUGGGGACCAACGCUCUGCCAGACCCCUGGAUGCACAUCUCAGAGCCUCAGCUGGUGGAGCUGGUGUCGAUGCUAACCCAGAACACAGAGAUGCUGGACUGGCGUCAGUUCCUGCUGAGUGCCGCCCUCCCCUGGCCCACCCCUACUCUGCCUCAGCUGCUGCAAGUGUUGGCCCGCUUCAAGAUGGAGGACGCUGGGGCCACAGGGUCUUUGACUGAGGAGCAGUACUUAAAGGUUGAGCUGUGGUUCCCCAGUGAGCGGGCACUGUCCAUUCCCGAAGACCUGUCUGAGCCACUUCCUUACGAUCGCUUGGCUAAUCUACGGAAGUUUUUCUUCCUGCUUUUCGCCGACCCCGAUUGCUCGCCAGCUCGUGUCGACUACGUGACCAUGCUGCUGUACUUCGCCGCCCACCCUGACCCUAUGCAGGGCUUUGUCCGAGCUCUCAGUGUCGUCAUGGGACAGCCGCUUCGUCACCAGUCUAGCAGUAGACUUCUCAAGUCGGUGCCUUACAUGGAGGAGGGGCUGAGUGAGUCGACCGAGCUAGAGGAGGAGGUGGAGCCUCAGGGGGGGCCAAGAGGGGAGGAGGGGGUGUCCAUGCCUGCCCUCCUCCGAGUUAUCUGUCACGGGGGAGCCUGGGGGGCAUGCCAGAACCGCUUCCAUCCCAACUGGAAGAGUCCUGAUGAAUAUAAAGAGGACUUUGUGAAGGUCUACAGAGAACUGGGGUACAAGGUUGAGGACAAGAUUCCAUUCUCCAUCCUAUCCCAGCAUCCGGUCAUACAAGAUCUGAUCGAGGGCUCUGCUCAAUACCAACUCAUUGAUAUUCACCGAGCUCUGCAGGUCCAACAGAGCGAAGGGGAGCCUCUGUCUUUGAUGGUGUCUUAAGAUAAAUAUACCACGCAGUUAACUCUCACAAGCCAACCUGAGAUUCCCAUCCGCUUAGAAAUGCAGUUGAUUUAAAAAUAAUUCUGCAAAUUAUACAGUGCAUUAUAAAAUAAAAUAAUUAGAACUAAUUAUUUCAAAAUGUUAACCUUCAGUUUAUGAAUUUACAUGCCUCUUUCUUGAAGUGUUUCAUUAAAAUCACAAAAAUGAAGACUUU